CAACAGAAACCCACACUCUCGCCAAUGUUCCGCGCCACGUUCUCCGCCCUGAGGAAGCUGCAGCCGCUUGGCCCGCGCGUGCUGGUGAAGCGCACGCUGGCGGCGAAGCAGACGAAGGCCGGCGUGCUCAUCCCCGAGCAGGUUGCCGGCAAGGUGAACGAGGGCACCGUGGUCGCCGUCGCCGCCGCAACGAAGGACUGGGCCCCCACCGUGAAGGUGAACGACACGGUGCUGCUCCCCGAGUUUGGCGGCAGCAGCGUGAAGGUGGAGGGUGAGGAGUUCUUCCUCUACAACGAGGACUCCCUGCUCGGCGUGCUGCAGGGAUGA